AUGUAUCGCAACUUGUAUGACACAGACUGCAUCACCUGGAGCCCUCAGGGGCGCAUCUUCCAGGUCGAGUACGCGAUGGAGGCAGUCAAGCAAGGCACCUGCUGCGUCGGCCUCCGCUCAGACAACCACGUCGUCCUCUGCUCCCUCAAGCGCUCGGUCUCGAAGUUCGCAGGCCACCACCAAAAACUUUUCAAAAUCGACCACCAUGUCGGCGUGGCUAUGUCUGGAAUCACCGCGGACGCGAAGGUGAUUAGCAACUUCAUGCGCAACGAGUGCUUCCACCACAAAUACGUCUACGACGCCCCAAUCCCUGUCGGCCGUCUAAUUCUCAUGGUGGCGGACAAGUCGCAGGCCAACACGCAGCGGAGCGGCAAGCGGCCUUUCGGCGUGGGUUUGCUCGCGGCGGGCUACGACGAGGCGGGUCCGCAUCUCUUCGAGACCUGCCCCUCUGGAAACUACUUUGAGUCCUACGCGAUGGCGUUCGGCGCGCGAUCGCAGUCCUCCAAGACGUACCUGGAGAGAAAUUUCGAGGGGUUCCCGAGCCUCUCCCUCGAAGAGCUCGAGCUGCACGGUCUGAAGGCUCUGAACGCUUCGCUGGCCGCCGACGCAGAGUUGACUGCGGACACUGUGUCGAUGGCGGUCGUGGGCAAAAACCAGCCCUGGAAAGAGCUUUCUGAGGACGAAGUCCAAGCUCUACUCGACAAAAUGGGGGUAAGAAAGCCGAGUUCAAAUGCGCCUGUUUUCUCUCGUCUCAAUUUCUCCUUCGGGGAGUCCGGCGGCCAGGAGGUUCAGAUGCAGUAG